GAUGCGGCGCUGGGAUUCACAAUGAAGCGGAAGCUCAAGUUAUUUGAGAGAAUGUUCUCUCUGGUACGUCCGCUUACAUUUAACAGCAUCGAGCAGGAACCUCGGCGUGUCCCACACUGUGUGGAGAUGUUGGGGAAGCGAGAAGUGAAAGUGGACUUCAUGGCAGGUCAGAAUAAUUUGAACCAAAACGGAUGCUGAAGUUGCAUGGGUUUCUAUUAGUCUGCUUCGAGGCUUGAAGUCUCUUGCAUAUUUAUGCUUCUUCUUCUUUUCUUUUUUUUUAAAGUAAUAAUAUCGAAUACUUCCUACCAAUUGGCAAUUUCUUUUGUAGAGAGAAACCAUAGUACUGAAACAUGGCAGUGCCCAAUAUGGUGUUUUCGGAUGUUGAAACUUUCCUGGAUAACCACCCCGAAUUGUUUGAGGACUAUCUAAACAGAAAAGGUAAAUACAGUAUGGUUGAAAAAUGGCUUAAAACCCACCAAGCAAAUAAAAACCCUGCGCAUUCCGCCACGGACCCGGAGAAAUCCCAUGUGUGUAAGGACAGCUGGGCGAGUAAAGGAGAUGGUCUGCAGCGGCGAGCAUCGCAGAAAGAGCUGCGCAAAACUUUCGCCCGCUCCAAAGCCGUCAAUGCCAACAGGACGUACGACGAGCACGUGAACUCUCGCGCUCAGGAGCCGCUGACCAGCAUGCGGAGACGCGCUUUACUACGGAAAGCCAGCUCCUUACCCCCAACUACAGCACACAUCCUCUCCGCGCUGCUAGAGUCGCGCGUCAACAUCCCACAGUACCCGUCCACCGCGGUGGACUUCAAAUAUUACCUCAAAGAGCACAAUGAGCGCGAGUUCUUCCUGGAGCUGGUUAAAGACAUUUCCAAUGACCUGGAUUUAACCAGCCUGAGCUACAAGAUUUUGGUGUUUGUGUGUAUCAUGGUUGAUGCGGAUCGCUGCUCGCUGUUCCUAGUGGAGGGCACUGCGAAUAAAAAGACUCUGGUUUCCAAAUUCUUUGACGUUCACGCCGGGACCACUGUCCUGCCAUCCCUCAGCAACUCGGAUGAAGUGCAGGUUCCGUGGGGGAAAGGAAUUAUAGGUUAUGUUGCCGAGCACGGAGAGACUGUUAACAUCCCCGACGCGUAUCAGGACCAUCGUUUCAGUGAUGAGAUUGAUAAAUUGACAGGUUAUAAGACCAAGUCCCUGCUGUGUAUGCCCAUCCGGAACAGUGAUGGAGAGAUCAUAGGAGUGGCACAGGCCAUCAACAAGAGUCCCAGUGGCGCACUGUUCACUGAAGAUGAUGAGAAGGUGUUGCAGAUGUACCUGCCCUUCUGUGGAAUCGCUAUCUCCAAUGCUCAGCUCUUUGCUGCAUCCAGAAAGGAGUAUGAUAGGAGCAGGGCUUUGUUAGAGGUGGUGAAUGAUUUGUUUGAAGAACAGACAGACCUAGAGAAGAUUGUGAGGAAGAUUAUGCAUCGUGCUCAAACACUGCUCAAGUGUGAACACUGCUCUGUACAGCUUUUGGAGGACAUUGAGUCUCCGGUAGUGAAGUUUACUAAGUCCUUUGAGCUACUGUCACCGAAGUGUAGUGCAGACACAGAGAACAGUUUUAAGGACAGUAUGGAGAAGUCCUCGUAUUCAGACUGGCUGAUUAACAACAGCAUAGCCGAGCUGGUGGCCUCCACUGGUCUGCCGGUCAACAUCAGCGACGCCUACCAGGACCCCCGCUUCGAUGCAGAGGCAGAUCAGUUCUCUGGGUUCCACAUCCGCUCUGUCCUGUGUGUGCCUAUUUGGAACAGCAAUCACCAAAUAAUUGGUGUUGCACAGGUCCUAAACAGGCUGGAUGGAAAACCAUUUGAUGAUGCAGACCAGAGACUGUUUGAGGCAUUUGUGAUAUUCUGUGGGCUGGGAAUCAAUAACACAAUAAUGUACGAUCAGGUGAAGAAAUCUUGGGCCAAACAGUCUGUAGCCUUGGACGUGCUGUCGUAUCAUGCCACUUGCUCUAAAACAGAAGUGGACAAGUUUAAGGCAGCAAACAUCCCUCUGGUGUGUGAGCUCGGCAUUGAUAAGCUCUCCUUUGAUGACUUUUCUCUGGAUGUGGACGCCAUGAUAACUGCAGCCCUGCGCAUGUUCAUGGAGCUUGGCAUGGUGCAGAAAUUCAAGAUAGAUUAUGAGACCCUGUGUAGGUGGCUGUUGACUGUAAGGAAGAACUAUCGUAAUGUUCUGUACCACAAUUGGAGACAUGCAUUCAAUGUCUGCCAGUGCAUGUUCUCCAUGCUUACUACUGCAGGCUUCCAAGAGACCCUCUCAGAGUUGGAGACCUUUGCACUCAUUGUGGGCUGUGUGUGCCAUGAUCUGGACCACCGUGGAACCAACAAUGCCUUCCAAGCCAAGACAGGUUCUGCUCUAUCUCUGCUCUAUGGAACCUCAGCUACGAUGGAGCAUCACCACUUCAACCAUGCUGUCAUGAUCCUGCAGAGUGAAGGCCAUAAUAUAUUCUCCAAUUUGUCAUCCCGGGAUUAUGGAGACCUGAUGCAGCUGCUGAAACAGUCCAUCCUGGCUACAGAUCUCACACUGUACUUUGAGAACAGAAACCGUUUCUUUGAGCUGGUGAAUAAAGGGGACUAUAACUGGAACGUUAAAGAACACAGAGAUAUGUUCAGAUCAAUGUUAAUGACUGCGUGUGAUUUGGGAGCUGUGACCAAGCCAUGGGAAAUCUCUCGCAAGGUAGCAGAGCUGGUCACCAGUGAGUUUUUUGAGCAGGGAGACAGAGAGAGAUCUGAACUAAAGCUGACUCCUUCUGCUAUCUUUGACCGGAAUCGAAAGGAUGAGUUGCCGAGUUUACAGUUGGAAUGGAUUGAUGGUAUCUGUGCUCCACUGUAUGAGGCCUUUGUGAAACUGAACCCUAAACUGCAGCCGAUGGUUGACAUGAUCCAGGCCAAUCGUGCCAUGUGGGAUGAGCUGCACCAGAAGCGGCAGCGUAGCCAAGAGCUUGUGCAUCUCCACAGUGCAACCUGUGAUGGUGACAUCAGUGGCAAUGAAGUGCCCAAAGCUGCGAGUUAGCUCCUGCCCACCACGCCACAUCACGACCUCUGACCUCUAACCUGCAACCCAAACGCAGUGCUGUGCAUGUGGGGAGUUUUGGCUCUGCUGCGAGCUUCCAGCUGCUGGAGCGAUGAUGGCGAUCUGAUCUCACAGUGCCCCUGCAGGCUGCAUGUCUAAACUCUCACCACUGGGUGCGAGAGUACCAGGCAGCUGUGACUUUUCUGUUUGGCCUUGAUGUUUUUCUCACCUGGAGAAGUCUCUGAGAAUAGUUCUAGACUCAGGAAGAGGCAGUGUCUCUAGAGCUAGAAUAAUAACGUACAUGCUGUAUUGUAUUAACUGGCCUGCUGUGUUGUUAGGGAUGGCUAGGACUGAGCAUUGCCACUGUUUCUACAGGUUUAUUAUUAUAGCGUAACCACUGAGUGUUGCUUUGAUUCUACUGAAUGAAAAUCUUUCAGGAGUGCAGGAUCCUCUAUUUUGUAUUGUACAUAUUUAAUUUGAGGUUAUUGUUUAUGGGAUUGUUAUAUAGCUUGAGAUAUGAUGCGGGUUUGGGCUCUGUUUUUUUUCACCUGAUGUAAUUAUUAUUGGAUCAGAGGUUUGCUGAGCUUAAAGGCUCAUGGCAAUGCUUGCAAUGCAGAUACAAUAGAGUGCUGCUAUUUGUGCCUUGGUUAAAAUCCUUCAUGAAAGAUGCAUGCGGUCUCCUUCCAGCUUCAUAAUUAUCUAGAGGCUAUGUUUUAUAUCAUUAAGAGUUGUGCAGCCGGUACGAUGUCGUAAAACUCCCUCUGGAUUUGUGAUGUUGCUGCUUGCGCCUAUUUUGGUUCCAUUAAUUAACUCAGGCGUGGUGUGAGAGGUCCAUGCAUUACCAUAGAGCAUUUACAUUAGCGUACUCAUCUAUAUUCACAAUUUACCUUAUUAGAGCUGAUCCGAGCAUUAGUCAUAUUACUUUGUGAACUGGGCUUCUGAAGUAUGAAUAUUACUUUCAUGAGCCAAAGCCGAUACAGGAAGUACACGUGCCUUUCUAAAUAUUAGUAACACAUAUUAGUAACCACAUUGUCUUCAAGCUAACUGUAUUUUAUGACUUCCUGACAUCAGCAUUGUUGACAAUGAAAUAUUUAGUUGAUUUGGUUUAAAUCUGCUUUCACUUUUUAUGGCAGAUAUCCAGAAACAUCACAGUGUUUUACAGCCUCCUGUAUAGGACUACUGUCUGAGCAAGAGAGGGACACAAUGAGGGGGGAAAAAAACACCCUUACUAUAAGAAUUUAGCGCAAGGUAAUGGGGGGAAAAAAAAAACUAAGCACAAGCAAAAUACUGGAUCAGCCUAACCAAAAAAAUAAUACAGAUCCAAUAAAUGAGUUAAUGAACUCUGUUGCCCUUUGUGCCUGCUGCCAUAUGGCCUCACAAUCAUAAUCCACUCAUAGGUUACACUGAUACUGAUGUGCAGGUAAUGUCAUUCCACAUCAGCUGGAGCCGUGUUUAAUCACCUAUCAGACUGUUACUCGCUAACACAGCUGCACAUCCAGCGAGCUGAUCUCGACUGACUUUACAUGACUUUAUACAGGUUUGUGGUCUUCAAACUCAAGUGGUCUGGAUGACUCCAGAACUCGAAACGUGAAUGUGCACAUUAAGAAUCCAUAAUGAUCAUAAAGAUGGUCUGGUUUACGUUGCUAUAGAAACACCAGUCGAAAACAGCAUCCUUCAUUCAUACACAUUCAUAAAAACCGAUGUUUCAAAAUUUUUAUUUAUUUAUUUUUUUAAUUACAACUAUUAAUCUCCUCAUUUCUUUUGGAUGUAACUGCUCUGAGAUGUUUACGCUGUAGCUGUUUUCCUGUGAUAUCUGGUCACAGUUUCAAAUCGUGUCGUGGCAUUGUGAAAGUGUAGACUGAGGCAUUGCAGUGCUCUUUGUGGCAUGGAUCUUCCUGCUCUUGGGAAAUCAACAGAAAUAACAUGCUAACUGACAAUGGGACAAAUUUAACUGCAUGAGGAAAUAACUGCUCUAGAUUUAGGGACUGAAGUGACAAAUUAAUGACCUCCUUCACUGAGAUUUUCAUCAACUUUUUAAUGUGCGUGCAUGAAAAAUGAUAUUGCACCAUAGUGAGGGAAAUUAGUGUAAAUUCUGUAGUUCUGUUUCUUUUUGUUCACAUGGCCUGUUUUGGGGGUAUUAUUAUUAUUGGUAAAUUAUCAGUCAUCACAUUCACAUUUCAGAUUUUUGUUUCUUUUUAAGGGACAGUAAAAACUGAGGUGUCUUUAAAG